GUCGAGUGGGAUAAUGGCAAGCAGCGUUCCGAAAUUGUUUUUCGGCGACUCCGAAGAAGGCGUGCCAGUUCCUCGAGAAGUUCUACCGCCAGGCACGGGUCCUGUAAGCGAAUCCUUGCUGGGAUACUCUGCUCAUGUUAUGCUUGAUCAUCUUUUUGUUCGCAAUUGUCCUGGGUACUCGCUCAGAUGAGGAAUUGCAGCAGGUAGUACUACUUUGAUGAAUUUAUUUUUGACAACUCCUCGUCCUCGAAUUAUAUCUGAAUGGCACUAGUUCUAGUAUCAUUCUUCAUCCUCUAAUAUGAACGGUAUUCGUUUGUUGGAAGGCGGAACCCACGUAGCGAUGCCUCACGAGAGCGAUCAGCCGCUUCACGGAAUCCAAGUGCAACGAAUGCCUGGGACCCGUGGACCGCUGAAGAACGCGAGUUGCAGAGGGAGACGCUCGUGACAGAUAUCCCUUCAGGCGUUUUGAUGCCGGAUGCUUCGUGGUCUUCGUUCUAGCAUGAGCACAACGUCCGGUGCUUCAUCUAGUACUACAUCAUCCACCACUGGCGCGUCUACUGCGACCGUUCUUUCUCUCCGAGCACCGCCGCCUUAUCGGAGAUUGCUCGCGCAAAAGGAGGCGAACGGCUCGAGGCGCUUUACAUUUCGGCGGUUCAGUUCUUCGAGCAGCUGGUGGAAACGCGGAUCGAAUCACCACUCAAAUUUUUUGUGUCCACCAGUUCUUCGAGCAGCUGGUAGACACGCGGAUCGAAUCACUACUCAAAUCGCCGAGCUUCGCGCCCUCCUCGAGGCAGAGACGUCGCUCCUCCUGCAGGCAGUGGGGCAGUACUACGGAAGCAGCGCAACCAAGACGAAGACCAACAGCGUGUCGGACAGCAGCAAGCCUCAGGGUGUGCUCUACUCUCUGCGCGGGUGCUACCACUUCGAGGCACACCCCCACCUGCGAAUCCGAGGUUCCGAGGUACACAUCCCGCUGGAGACGCCGCUCUUCGUUGCGACGAUGGUCAGUCCGGCGCACCUGGGCAGCAGCAGUGCUAACCAGGGUUACGCACGCUUUCGCUGGAAUGCAGCCCUGCAGCAAGUGGAACUGUACUCGAUGUGGGUCGUCGAUUUCAACUUCCAGUCGGCGCCACCCACGAUGCACGCACCGGGUCUCGCAGCCGCAACGAGCGGAGGAAGCAGCUUGGCAGCGCCUUACACCUCGUCUGCCUCCUACAAUUAAAGCUCCAACAAGAAAUCCAUCUUCACAGGCAUCUUUGUCCUCCCGUUUUCCCGUUUUCCUUAGAGGAACGAAAAGGAGACCCAAGAUGCUGCGGAGGAUGGAUGUCUCUUCGAUAUUUCAUCUAAUAGACCGACCUAUUUGGAAGUGCUGCCGUUACGGCGGUCUCCACACGUCCGCAGACCUCGCCGCACUACGCAAAGCUGGUUGUGGGAAGCGCAGACGGAUUCGGGAACCCGUGUGUAUUUCUAACCACAUUUGGAAGCGCACACGGAGUCACUCACGGCAGAUCCACGCUCCCAGGGCUCGGCGACAGAACCUCGCGGUCUCUUCGAGCUGGUGCAGCGACGUAG